GCUUAGUGCUUAGUGCGUGCUCGCGCCGGCCGGCUUAUGCUUACUGAAAUAGCAUUUAGAACUUAAACUUAGUGAAAUAUAAUAUUCAGAAUGAAUGGUGUCAUUGUGUGCGUUAUGUGUGUGUUGAUAAGCUUUGUGGUUGCGUUUAAACCAACUCGAGUGCGCCAUACACCGACCACCACCCACUUAGCACACACUCCGAAGAAAAUCGAAGUGACGAUACCAACCAUGGUGCAUCUAGACAUAAAACUGACCAAGAAACUGGCCAAAGAAUUCAGCUUCAAAACAAGAAAAAAACUGAAAAACAUCGUCAAAGCUAUCAUAAGAGAUGCCAGCGAAUUAUUCAAACAUAAACAUUUGAAUGCAACUGUCAAUUUUAAAUUAUUGGACGUCAAAUUCUUUAAAAAUAAUAGAGCGGUGACAAUGGACGAAAACGCGACGAAUUAUUUACGGAAUUAUUGCGACUGGCAAACUGAGAAAAAGAAAUUGAAGAAGGAGCUGUAUUAUUCCGUACUGUUGACCGGUUUGGACUUGUUCUAUAUUAAAAAUGGAAAGCCUGUGCGAGGAUCGACAGCACGCAGUUACUCAAACGGUGUCUGCAGCUUGCGGAAGAGUUGCGCACUUCUGGAAUGGCAGUCGAAGAACAUGGGUUAUUUACUCGCGCAUGAAGUAGGACAUAGUCUUGGCGUACCCCACGAUGGAUAUCCUUUUAACAAUUGCAAUAAGUUUAAAGGCAUUAUGGAGACUCAGUACGACCCAGCAAGCAUUUCAGACACGUGGUCUCCUUGCAGUCGGGUUUCCUUGGAAUUCUUUAUACGGAGCAAAAAGGCUUGGUGUAUCAAAGAGAGUAACCAGCAGUUGGAGUAUAAAUAUGUUUAGUAAUUACUUAGUACUUAUUUUGUGUGAUACUAGAUUAAUAAAUAUUAUAUAGGAACAUGA